AUGAUAUCAUACUAUCAAGUUUUAGAAAUAACACCAGAAGCUUCAACUGCUGAAAUCAAACAGGCAUAUAAGUUAAAACUAUUAUCCUCACACCCUGAUAAAACCGAGAAUAUAUCUGCACAGGUAGAUAUUCCGUUAAUCAAACAGGCGUUCACCACUUUGAUUGACCCGACUUUGAGAAAGGAAUAUGAUUUGUCACUACUAGAAUCGACUAAACUCAGUGGUUUCAACAUUAAUGGAGCUGGGUUGGAUGUAUACAGUCUUGACGAUUUUGAUUUUGAUGAAGAUAAGGAAGUAUGGAAUAAGAACUGUCCCAGAUGUACUGCGCAUUACAGUAUGUCCCUAACAGAGAGUGAUCUUGAAAAGGGAACUCCAGAUAAAGACGGAGGAUACGAUAUUAUUGUCCAAUGUAACAGCUGCAGUCUUUGGAUUCAAGUAAAAUAUUAUGAAGAAUGA